AUGUCUUUCCUACUUUCAAUACUUGCUAUUGUGUCGUAUACAUCAUUUUGUGAAGCGCUUGUACCUGAUUUUCCUGAUGCGACACCAAUUCAGGAUCCACUAUUCAAUCCCGUAGGAUGGUCGCCAAAACCUACACCUCCUCCCAAAAUCCCUCGCGACCUCUUCUAUAAGCGUGAUUAUCUAUCGAACUCUGCCAGCUACGUGCUUAUUGGACCCGAUCAGACCUGCGGAUAUGUUUCUGGACUGGCUGGCGCCAAUUUCGAAUGCGGAUCUUCUACGAAUUGCGUGUUUUUCCCAGUAACUGGAAGCAGCGCGUACGGUGCUGUGGGAUGUUGCACAGAUGCUUUGAACUGUGGGUUCAGAACGGCUUGUGUGGAUUCGAGUGGAUUUUAUGGCUCCGAUUCACCGAUUCUUCUUCUCCAUACUGUGGAAGCAUUCGAUAUGCUGUACCAGGAGCAACUGUCGAGCAAUAUUUCUGCAAUGCAGGCGACAUCAACAUGGCAGACAGCCUUUACGACAUAUAGUGGUGAGAGUGGGAGCCGCACUUUCACAUCAGUUGCGCGCGCACUACUCGAAAAAUCUGCAGCUUCUGCGUCUUCAACUUCUUCAUCCUCGUCAUCUUCAUCUUCGACAAACAAAGCCACCACCACCUCUUCAUCCUCCUCCUCUUCCUCAACUUCUGGAACUUCGGCUCCAACACCGACACAAACCUCAAACAACAAUAACAAAUCUAGUGACACAGGAGCAAUAGUGGGAGGGCUAGUGGGAGGUGCUGCAGUUUUAGGAUUGAUUGGAGCUGGGGCUUUCUUCCUUUACAAGAGGAAAUAUGGACAAAAGGGCAACCCUCCAUCUCCAUCUCAUACCCCACUAAACAACCUCGAUCCUUCUAAACCGGCAGGACAAUGGCAACAAGACGGUUUCUACGCACCUCAGCAACAACCUCAGCCUUACUUAUCGUCGUUUCAGACGCAGUAUCAUCCAGUACCUGUAGAAAUGCCCUCCGAUUUCGCACAGAGACCACCAGAGCACAUGGUCCACGAGAAGAGUGCGACGACACCGACUACGGCAAAUAUGUCAACACCGAUGGACCAGCACUAUAUGAGUCCUGCUUCUACGUAUAAUCGACCAAUAUCAGAAAUUGAUUCCAGUUCGCCUAACUAUCGGUGA